UUCUGCCAGCAACAGAAUCUAGCCCCUGUUGAGAGAGGAGGUGGGGUUGCGCAGCGCGCUCACGCAGCCUGCGAGACGCGCCUCCAGCACAGAUGCUCGCUCGCCGUUAACUCGGUGCGGAGACGAGGAGGGAGACGAGGAGUAGCACACUGAGCCUAUUGCCUAUGCCGCUGAGGAGCGUGCGACUGCGGGAGCGAUGAGAAUCAUGAAUCCCUCGCCGGACAGCAGGACAUGAGACCUGCGGUCCACCACUUUCUCCCCCCGAGUGCUUUGGCCCCUCUUUAUUCCCAGUUGCCUUGUAGAAUAAUUUUACGCGCUGACUAGUCAUAGACAGGUUGGAGGUGUUGUUUUCUUGUAGGAAACCAAUUCCACCUGGGAUUUUGUUUUUUUUUCUGCUAAUAAUAUCUGGCCGACGAGAAGGAUGGCUUGGAAAGCGGGACUGCUGCUCUUGUGUUGGGGCUUGACGUCUGCCGAACUUGAUGUCCAAGCAAUGGAACUAGAACCCCCCUCAUCUCCAGCAAGAACUUUGGAUUUCGGCUACGUUCCAGCUGGAGUUUACGAGACCGUGGCCCACUAUGAGCCUGGGCCGAUAGGGAUUCUUUUCCACAUGGUCCAAGCUUUCCUCUACGUUGUUCAGCCCAAUCCAUUCCCUGAAGAUCUCGUCAUCAAAGUGGCCAAGGAUAAAUUUGGGGCAAUCCAGUCGGAGUACCAGAAGCCAGAGAACAUUGUUCUCACUCUUCAGGUGAUCUACUAUGAGAUGGGCUUUGUGGUGUGUGUGCUGUUGGGGGUGCUCUUCCUGGUGCUGAUGCCGCUGGUGGGCCUGCUCUUCUGCCUGUGUCGUUGCUGUGACAACUGCGGCGGUGAGAUGCACCAGCGGCAGAGGAAGAACGCAGACUGCCAGAGAGGCCUGCUGGCUACGCUGCUCUUCUCCACGUGCAUCGUCAUCACAGCUGGAAUCCUGUGCUCGUACGCGGCCAAUCAGCACCUGAGCUCCCAGCUGAAACAGAUGAGGCGGCUGGUCAACAGCAACCUGAGGGACCUGCACACCUUUGCCAACGAGACGCCCACCCAAAUCGACUACCUGAUAUCACAGUACUCCACGGCCAAGAACCAAGUGGUGUUCGACCUGGACAACAUCGGGCCUCUGCUGGGAGGGAGGAUCCACGAUGAGCUGGGGAAGGAGGUGCGGCCUGCGCUGGACGGAGCCCUUAACCUGGCUGGAGCCAUGCAUGAGACCAAGGAGGCGCUGGAGAACGUGAGUAUGACCCUGGAGGUGCUGCAGGAGGGCGCGGGGAAGCUGCGCUUCAACCUGAGCCUGGUGCGCUCCGGCCUCAACAGCUCCCUGGACGACCCCGUCUGCGCCGUCCCGGCUCAGCCGCCGCCAAGGUCUGCAAGCCGCGUGCUCAGCUCCCUCAGCCAGCUGCACCGGGAGCCAACUACUCUGUGGUACGCUGGCACAGCGCGGUUGCCUGACGUUACCCCUCAGCUGGAGAAGGUUAAUGAGGCCCUGAAGACGGACCUCAGUGGCAUCAUUCAGAAGGGGUACACAUCUUUUAAUGAUACCCCAGCGAUGGUGAUGAAUCAGACUAGAAAUGUGGUUGAAGGUGUGAGAGACAUGCUGGACGGCAUUGGCAUGAACAUCACUGGCUUCUCGAAGCUGUUCCCCGUGCACAACUCCCUGACCAACUUCACCAUCUUCAUCAGUCACUCCCACUCCAGGAUUGAGGACCUUUACCCCGAGAUAGACCGCUAUGACUUCUACAGGUGGGUGGCCUGCAUCACGCUGUGCUGCAUGGUGGUGAUGGUGCUGGCCUUCAACCUGCUGGGCAUGCUCUGUGGCAUCCUGGGCUUCGACCGCCACGCCACGCCCACCACCCGCGGCUGCAUCUCCAACACCGGAGGCAACCUGCUCAUGGCUGGCGUGGGCUUCAGCUUCAUCUUCUCCUGGCUGCUGAUGGCCAUGGUGGGCGCCAGCUUCAUAGUGGGCGGAAACGUGGAGAAGCUGGUGUGUGAGCCCUUCCACACCAAACAGCUGUUCAAGGUGUUGGACACCCCUCACCUCAUCAUGCCUGCCUGGAAGAACUUCAUCCCUGGCUACCUGUACAACGACCCCGAGAUGGACCUCACCGUGGAGAGCUUUUACAGUAAUUGCAAAGAGAACAGAGGGAUCUACUCUGCCCUACACCUGGAUAAGAUCUUCAAUGUCUCUGCCUUCCUCAACACCAGUGUGUUCACGGAGGACAUGGCGCGGGUGGUUGAUGGCGUGAAGGUGGACCUGCGGGGCAUCGUCCUUCUGGAGACGGAGGGCAAAGACAACCUGGUCCUCUUCACAGAGACUGGCAUCGGAGACAUCAACUACGCCGCCUACCUGGAGGAGGUUAACAAAAGGGUGACGCUGGUGGACCUGCUCUCGUUCGCCAAGGAGCUGGAUGCCCAGAGUGACCAACUGCCAAAGGGUUCCCUGCAGACCUCUCUGAAGGGCUAUGCCAGCACCCUCCGGCAGAUCCACACCCAGCAGGUGCUCCCCAUGGAGCAGUCACUGAAAUAUGUUAGAGCGAGGACCACGCUGAGCCAGAGCAUUCGCAUGCUGCAGACGACCUCCAGAGAACUGCCUAGCAAAGUUUCAACUGUCUUGAGUACCAUUGAGGCGGCCCAAUAUCUUAUUUCCUACAAUGCAACUUUCGUGGUCAGUCAGGAAACAGAGAAAUACAAACAGAUCUUAAUUGGGUAUUUCCAGCAGUACAUAAACUGGGUUAAGGCCUCACUGACCCUGGAGGUGGCCCCUUGCAAGCCCUUCAGCAACAUUGUGGACACGAUGGAGAUUGUGGCCUGCAGCUUCCUCAUUGAUUCGAUGAACACCUUCUGGUUCGGGCUGGGAGGUGCCACCCUCUUCCUGCUGCCCAGUGUGGUACUGGCUGUGAGGCUGUCCAAGUUCUACCGCAGGAUGGAAACGGAAGACGUCUACGAUGACUUUGAGACAAUACCCAUGAAAACUAUGGAAAUGGGUUAUAAUGGUUAUCAUAGUGAGCACAUACGAGGUAUCGCAAACCCUGUAAUGAGAAGCAUCCCUGCCUACGACACAAUGACUAGAUUCCCACGAGCCUCGGCACCCCCCCGACACGCUGACUGGUGAAAGAGACGGGCUGGAUCUUGUCCUGUUUUUUUUUUUUUUUUUUUUACUCUACUUUUUUUUUUUUUUUUUUUUUUUUUUUUCAUGUUGUCACCCAGCUCUGGAAAGUGCAAUCAUAAACUGGCAUUGAGUCUUUGGAUUCGCACUUACCCACUUCUCAUGGCCACUUAUAAGAAUAGACAAAGCCUCUGAGUCUCCAUCAUCUCCAUGGGGAUUCCCACCUUAGAAGAAGCUCAUGGAGGAGCCAGAGUCUCAGACUCUAGUCAGACUCAUCCCCCUCUCCUUCUUUCCUUUCUCCUUAUGGACACACACCUGUCAUUCAUUUUCGUUUUCGUCUUCGUCGCUUCGCCAUUAGGAUGCCCCGUCUCUGCCACACAGACGUGCCAGAGGGUCUUCGCCACGCCUGCUGACAGUGACCCUCUCACGUUGACUAGUAGGUAACUGGUGAACGCUGACUUUUUUCCAGAAAGAGGCCUGUGGGACCUUCUGAACGACCUUUCUACUGCAUGUUUCUAUGUUUACAAUAGUCCAGGGCUGCACAGAGAGAGGCCAUGCCGCGCCUAGAAAGGAUCGGGCACCAGUGACCAGUAUCUCAGAUUCUGUGGCUUAAAAUGUAGGGCUCAUUAGGGAGUUUUGAGUUGCUUCCACUGACUUUUUUGUUUUUGUUCCAUUUUGUUUUAAAGCCAUGUCUGAAGCACACUGCUUGCUCUUUAUACUUACAUUCUCUUGAUCGUUUACUGAGAUUUUGUGUGUCUCUGUGUGUGUGUGUGUGUGUGCAUGAGUGUGUGUGUGUGUGCGUCUGUGUGUGUGCGUGUGUG